GGUCAACCGCCCGCCAAAGACACGGCCUCCUGCCUCAAUCCUAUUUCAAUCACCGCCGGCCGCCUCAGAAACAAUUCGGAAUAUGUUUUAAUCACGUUUUAUUUUGACAGGGACGGCGUGUUUUCUUUUGAUCGUUAGCCCCGCCGGUCAGAGGUCAGGCGUCAUCGUCAGGGAGCCAGCAUGGCGGCGGCGGCUGCUCCUUCAAGGAAGGUCUUCGAGGUCUUCGUGUCCCGCGUCCCCUGGACUCUGGCGAGCAAAGAAAUCAAGGAAUAUUUUGCACAGUUUGGAUCAGUGAAGAAAUGUCUUCUUCCAUUUGACAAGGAGACAGGAUUUCACAAAGGAUUUUGUUGGAUUGGCUUCAAUACAGAAGAAGGGCUUCAGAAUGUGCUGCAGAAGGAAGUUCACCUCAUUGAAGGCGCAAAGCUUCAAGUUCAGAGAAACAGAAAAUUAUUCCAAGGACAAAGAUCAAAUAAAAUCACCGAAUCAGCAAGUUGAUACUGAAUAUGGAGGGUGUAGUUCAACUCAUUUGUGUCUUAAAGUUGGUGAAUAAACAGUUGUAACGUGUAAAA